AUGUCAACAAUGGCGAUGGCGCCAUGCGACGGCGACGCCGACUGGUGCCACGUGCUGGGGGACUUCAACUUCAACCUGCUGUUGUGUUCGUCGUCGUCCUCGCAGCACGCCAUGGCCAGCAGCAGGUCAGUUUAUUGGAGCGCCUCUGUAUCUCGUGCACGCGCAUCUGAUUUAAUUUUGACAGUCCAGCAGGCCAGGUUUGCUUCGCCUGACGGCUCUCGAUCGACCUUCAUCUCCUCGCUCCUUCCUGAUGUCAGGGCGGGAGAUUGUCUGCCGAUCGCCGCCGCUGCUCCUCCCGGACCCGGUGGUCCUCACCUGCAGAGAUGCAAAAGCGAAGUCCUCGAAGCCCCUUCGGGUGGCGCGUUUGCUGCGGCCGACUGCUUCUCGUCGGCUCUGAUGAACCUGCAGAGGGAGGACAGUUUCUACAUGCCCAUGUACUCUGCGGCGUCUGCGCCACUGCCAGCAGUCGUCGGUGAUCCGUACUGCUCCGACCAACUCCCACCCCUACCUGCCGACGGCACACUAACCAGCCUUGACGACGCGCUCCUGCUGGCGCCGCUCAGCGACAUUGAUCUUGCGGCCUUCGACAAUAGUGCCGAAGAGCAGAAGCCUCCACUCGAUAAAAUGGUUAUGAUCCCGCCGGCGGUUCAUCAUCAUCCCGCCGCCGCCGGGACGCGAACCCCACCAAUCCACGGUACGACCGUUGGCCAAAAUGCAGGUGUCGUCGUACAUGCUCAUCAGAAAAAGGCCAUGGCCAUCGACGACGACUACUGUUUCCGACGAGGAGGAGCCAGCGGUGUCGAGACGGCCGUCGUCGGGCAUCAUGACGAGCGUCGUCAAGCAGGCUCUGCCGUGGCGCUGGUCCCGCUGCCGCCGCCGCAGCCUCUUCCGCCGCCGUCACUGCCACGGCCGCGUCCAAGGAGAAGCGGCGGCGACCGGUCAGCUCCGGCGGGGAAGACGAGGCUGGACCACAUCGGCUUCGACGAGCUGCGCAAGUACUUCUACAUGCCCAUCACCAGGGCGGCCAGGGAGAUGAACGUCGGGCUCACCGUGCUCAAGAAGCGCUGCCGCGAGCUCGGCGUGGCGCGGUGGCCUCACCGGAAGAUGAAGAGCCUCAAGUCCCUCAUGGCCAACGUCCAGGAAAUGGGGAACGGCAUGUCCCCGGUGGCCGUGCAGCAGGAGCUCGCAGCGCUGGAGACGUACUGCGCACUCAUGGAGGAGAACCCCUGGAUCGAGCUCACGGACCGGACCAAGAAGCUGCGGCAGGCGUGCUUCAAGGAGAGCUACAAGCGGAGGAGGGCGGCCGCAGUCAGCGUCAUGGAGAUGGAUCACAUCUACAGCUUUGGCCAGCAGCAUUGUCAUCACCACCAGCUGCCUCCGCCGACUAGCAGUGCUGAUGACCGCCAUGGCCAGCAGAGCAGCCGUUUCUUUGGCUACUGA